GUUGUUAUGAUCCCGUUAUGAAGCGUCCGAAGCAGUUCGUGUUGUCGCAACGUGUGAAAUUCGUUGUCGUAAAUAAAGGAUUGUUAAUUUUUAUUUGAAAUAAUGGCAGCACAACGGGCAUUGCCGCAGAGCAAGGAAGCUUUGUUGAAGUCUUAUACAACGAGGUUAAAAGAGGAUGUGAAAUCGAUGUUGGAGAAUUUUGAAGAGAUUAUAAAGCUAGCGAAAGGAGAAGGCGAUUCCCAAUUAUCUCGGAUGACACAAUGCGAACAAGAUACGUAUGAAAUGCACGUGAGGGCGGCGAAUAUCGUUCGCGCGGGAGAAUCCCUGAUGAAGCUGGUUUCCGAUAUAAAGCAGUAUUUGAUACUCAACGAUUUUCCAUCCGUGAACGAAGCCAUAGCACAAAAUAGUAAAUUAUUUAGGACAAAACAAGCAGAAUGCGAUCAAAAGUUAGCAUCUCUGCGAGACGACAUGGCCGCCGAUUUAUACGAUUUGGAAGAGGAAUAUUACACGUCGAUAUACAAAUAACACGAACUUUGGUUAGGUUUUUCAAGGGUGUACAGUUGUACAGUGCUUGUCUGGACCACGAAUUUACUGAAAUGUGAUUUAUUUGUUUAAUAAACUGUAUAUAUUUAUUUAAAUAAAUAAGAAUAGUUUUGAUAGUA